AUGAAGUUUUCAAAGCCAUUGGCUAUUAUAGUCACAACAUUAAUAACUAAGCCCCGCAUCGUACAAUCUUUAGAUGUCGAUUUGAAUUCCCAUGAUUCGAUAAAGUCAGCAGCAAGCACGAUCGCGUAUGACAUGAUGCUAUAUUACAAUGGCAACCAAACGGGCCAAAUUCCCGGGAAUCUCCCUCCUCCGUACUAUUGGUGGGAAGCAGGCGCGAUGUUUGGAGCUCUGGUCGAUUAUUGGUACUACACUGGCGAUCCUACAUAUAACAUGGUUACAACACAGGCUCUUCUCUUCCAAGUUGGUCCUAGUGAGAGCUAUAUGCCGCCUAAUCAAACCAAAACCGAAGGUAACGAUGACCAAGCCUUUUGGGGAAUUGCAGCUAUGUCUGCCGCAGAGCUUAAUUUUCCGAAUCCUCCUGCAAACCAACCUCAAUGGCUCGCCCUUGCUCAGGCUGUUUUCAACACACAGGCAGCCCGUUGGGAUACCUCUUCUUGUGGUGGUGGGCUCCGUUGGCAAAUAUACCCAUUUAAUAACGGAUACAAUUACAAGAAUUCGAUAUCCAAUGGGUGUUUCUUUAAUCUUGGCGCCCGGCUCGCAAAAUAUACUGGUAACGAUACAUACGCACAUUGGGCUGAUCAGACUUGGGACUGGAUGGCUAGUACCAAGCUGAUCGACACCAAUUAUUACAUCUACGACGGAUCUGACAGCAACAUCAACUGCUCAAAUAUCAACCACCUUCAAUGGACCUAUAAUGCAGGGGCAAUGCUUCUCGGUGCUGCCACGAUGUACAACUACACCAACGGCUCCACAGUUUGGGGACAACGAGUGGAGAGCCUCCUUAAUGCUACCGCCAUUUUCUUCACCCCGGAAGAUAUCAUGGUUGAAGUUGCGUGCGAAAACAAUGGGAAGUGCAACACAGAUCAGAAAUCCUUCAAGGCAUACCUGUCCCGCUGGAUGGCCGCGACCACAAAAAUGGCCCCAUUUACUUACGACGCUGUUAUGGCUAGACUUCGACCAAGUGCUCAGGCCGCCGCAGAGCAGUGCUGCGGAGGCGACAAUGGCAGGACUUGUGGUAUGAGAUGGACCAUGAACACAACAUGGGAUGGAAGUUAUGGUGUGGGCCAAGAAAUGGCGGCUUUGGAGGUUAUCCAAAGUAAUUUGAUCGCUCAGGUACGCGGACCGGUCACGAAUUCCACGGGGGGCACAAGUCAAGGAAAUAGUGCUGCCGGUUCAGGACCCAACGAUCGGGCUCAAGAUAAAAUCGAACCACCUACACAUGGCGAUAAAGUGGGCGCCGGAGUUCUUACGGCGGUCGUAUUGCUCUGGCUAAUCGGGACCCUGUCAUGGAUGAUUGUUGACUAG